UUACCCCGUUUACAUGAGUCAGCGAAAAUGACGUUUAGAACGGAUAUUUCCGUUUAGCGAAAAGUGCGCAAGUUUCGACUCAUGUAAACUGGUUAGCGCGCGCAAAAAUGACGAUUACGCGGAACGGAAAUAUCCGAUGAAUUAAUGGGAAAUAUCCGUUAAGAACGUCUUUUUUUAGCGUAUUUUUUGAAAAUAUGCAUUAGGAUGACUCAGCAAUGAUUAUUUUGUUUAUAAUUUUCAAAAAUAACUCAUAAUAAGUCAUAUUUACGUUGAAUGAAAAGUAAAAUAACAAUAUAAUUAGCUUUUGGCGCCCCAUGUCGCGCCUAUUUUCAAAACAGCUGUGUUUGGGCUGGCGGCCUUGGUUUGACUUUGUGCCAGUUCAAGUUUGAGGGCGUUGAUCAGGGAUAUUGUAUUUUGUGCUCAAUUAGAUCAGUUUUUGUAAACAUUUUGUUCGAUUCCUUGGAGCCGUCGCCAGCCAUGAAGCAUUGGACGGAGGAUGAGGAGCGAGCGCUCCUGCGUAUCGUGCAGGAGAAGAACCUGUUGGGGGCGAUCGACGGAAGGCGAGCGCGGAACUCCCAGAUAUUCCAGUGCCUCAGUGAGGCCAUGGGAGACAUGGGGUACGACCGGCCGGCGGAGGUUUGCCGAACCAAGUUAAAAACGCUCCGGCUGCGUUUCAACAGCCUCGCCCGGGCCCGGGCACGCUCGGGAGCGGGCAGUGGAGAAGACAUGCCGCACCAAGAUCUGCUACAGGAGCUACUUGGUGGCCGACCGGUCGCCACCAGCACCGGCUCUACCAUGGAUCUUGGGAUCCCGCAAGUAGAUCCUCCACUGCCCGAAGACAACGUCGUCUCCUUCCGGGGAGAAGCCGUGGACGCCAAUACCGACGACAUAUCCACCGUCGCGGGCGACGCGGAGCUGCAACAGCUUUACGAGGACCUCUUUGAGGCUGGCACGCCUCAGACCCUGCCCGCCUCCGCCGCCCGCCCGACCGCCGCUCGCCUGCCCGCCUCUGCCGCGCCUCAGACCCCGCCCGCCUCCGCCGCCCGCCCGAUCGCCUCCGCCUCCCGCCCGAUCGCCUCCGCCGCCCGCCCGCCCGCCUCCGCCGCCCGCCCGACCACCUCUGCCGUUCGCCCGCCCGCCUCUGCCGCCCUCCCGACCACCUCUACCCUGAGCCCUACCCCGUCUUCCACCGCACGCCCCGGUCCAUCUACUUGCGUUCCGCACUCAGCUUCCGACCUGCUCCAAAGCCCGCGCUCCUCUCAAUCAGACAACUCUCUGCCACACCUCCAUGACAUUCCUGACGACCAAUCCGUAUCGAGCCACCAGUCCUCUCUGUCGCCCCCCGCUCCUCGCUCCGUUCCUGAAUCCCGUAAUCGCACCACCUCCUCCUCCUCCUCCUCAACCACUUCCAGCACCCGAAGCCGCCACCCCACCCGCCUUACGCCCGCACAACCAGCUCCGCCAGCCGACGACGGCCUCAGCGGCACCGAGAGGGCCGCUCGGCAGCGGCAGGCCAGGCGCCGCAGCGCGACCGGCUACCGGGACCGGGUGCUGUCCGCCCUGGAGGCCUCCCAGGAGGAGGACCGCCGGGCGGCGGCGCGGGAGGAGGCACGCGACGAGCGGGAGGACCGCGUGCUGGACGCCCUCCUGGAGGAGAUGCGGGCCGGCACCAACCUGCUCCGCGAGGCGGUCGGCGUGAUGCGCGACAUGGCCGCUGCGUCGGCCCGCCGGGCGCACCGUCGCCGUUCGCGGUCGCGUUCACCUAUGUAAAUAUGAAUAUAUGUGUUAUCGCACAGUGGAAACUCAAAAUAUAAUCAAGAUUUACUUUGUCA